AUGGCCACCACUGUCAUGACCGCCACUGACUGGGGAUCCAGGUACGCCAAUGUUGACGUUGGAAACAUGAUCGAGUGCGCCAAUUGCUGCAGAAAACAGUUCCGAUCACGCUAUUCCAACAACCAGCUCUCCAAAUUCCAAGAAAGUACCUACAAGGCACGCCGAGGCGGUCAACCAGCGGAACUACCAAGAUGCAGAGAUUGCACUGCCGGAAACACAAUCGAACUCAAGUGUGCUGGAUGCUACGUCAUCAAAGGCCUGGAGUUUUUCUCAAAACAGCAAAGAAAGAACCCAGAUAAUGCGAAAUGCAUCCCGUGUCAGCAAGCCAUUGAGGAUCUUGUGCCUGAUCUUCGAGCUGCCAACGAGGAAGAGCGGAUCAAAGAGGCCUCACAGAAUCGUCGUGCCAAUCCAUUCCCUGGCAUGUCCAACAUCGGCUCGACUCUCCCAAGCAUGAAUGACUCACUCCCUGGUUCAGGCAACAGAUCUCAAGCACCAUCUGGAGGCAGUGGCGAGGUGAUGAUUGUGCAAGACCGUACCUCAGCUUGGGGAGGCGAAUCCGUCACCACAAGCAGCAUAGUAUCUGGCUAUCAUCCACGAUCUACCUCUGGCGAAUCCCAAUACUCGACACCACUUACAGGCUCGACGACCGCUACCACAAGAGGUGGAUUUCACAAGCAAGGAGCAUACAAGGCCUCUGCGUACGACCGUGCCAUGACUCAACUCCAACGCGAAGAUCUCUUGAGGCAGGAAGCGCAGGCAGCUCGCACCAGAGAUGACGACGACGACGAGGAUGAUGGAGAAUGGGAGCUCUGAGCAAGUAGUAGUGCCUGAGGCGGCUGUGCUGGGGCCAGAUGGGCUUCUGUUGUGAGGUCGACCUAAGGUUAGAGGCCGCAGAAAUCAAAGGAAAGGGUGGAUGUGUUCAGAUGUCAUCAUCAUGGCGAGUUAUCGCUACCGCUCAACCGACAGCAGACUGGGGGCUGAGAUCCUGAGGCUUGAGCUGGAGAGACACAUCGAAAGGAAGAAAUGCAUGCCCAGGCAACAUAUCAUGAAAAUCAACAGAAUGGGUUAGAGUCAGUAUUGCAGCAUCAAAAUGAAAGCUACAUAUCUCCACCUUAGGCGUGUUUCUCCUCCCUUCCUGAUCCGACGAACCAUCAAACCCUCGUCUGAAAUAACCCUAUGACAGAUUGUGCGUAUAC